AUGUCUGUGCAGACCCCGCUUCAGGUGGUGAACAGCCCCCGGAGAACAACCACGUUCAGCCCUUCUGAGCCGCACCCCGGCCCCGUCCGAGCAGGGAGAGACGAUCAUCGCCGUCUAUUUUCUCGUUUCUGGGUUGGUUGUCGUGGUUCGGGCAACAGCAUCGCGGAUCUUCGUUUCUGUUCAAGCCACCAGAUCGCCUCUGCAGCCCAUGCGAACUCAUCUGAUCGCCAACCUCGGCCAUUUCUGAUGCCAGCAUCUCCGCAGGUUCGGAUAUUCCAGAGGAAUCCUCGUAGAUCUUCAACGCCUUCUUCAGGGAUAACGGAUACCUCAUCACCUCUGUGUCGGACGCCAGUGGUGGGCAGCAUCAACACUCUGACCGUCAUCAGCAUCAGCAGAUACAUCAAGGGCUGUCACCCCAAUAAAGCUCACUGCAUCACCAGCGUCACCGUGCUCAUCUGUAUCAUCUUCAUCUGGACGGGAGCCGUGUUCUGGUCCGGAGCGCCGAUCCUGGGCUGGGGAAGCUACACGGAUCGUGGAUAUGGCACCUGUGAGAUCGACUGGGUCAAAGCCAACUACUCAACCAUCCACAAGUCCUACAUCAUCUCCAUCCUCAUCUUCUGCUUCUUCAUCCCUGUGCUGAUCAUGCUGUUCUCCUACAUCUCCAUCAUCAACACGGUGAAGAGAGGAAACGCCAUGUCAGCGGAGGGAGAUCUGACCGACAGACAGCGCAAGAUCGAGAGAGACGUCACCGUCGUGUCUAUAGUGAUCUGCACGGCGUUCAUCCUGGCCUGGUCUCCGUACGCGGUCGUGUCCAUGUGGUCAGCGUGGGGUUUCCACGUGCCCAGUCUCACCAGCAUCUUCACGCGGCUCUUCGCCAAAUCCGCCAGCUUCUACAACCCUCUCAUCUACUUCGGCCUGAGCUCCAAGUUCCGGCGCGACGUGAGCGUGCUGCUGCCCUGCGGCGGAGAGGCCAGAGACGCCGUCAAGCUCAAGCGCUUCAAAGAGUUCAAGGGGAAGGCGGACGGCAAACAAGAACGAGAAAAAAUACCAUCCGGCAAACCCCGCCCCCAGCCCUGA